AUGUCGUGCCUGAGCCUCACCCCACUGCUGGUGCUGGUGCUGGUGCUGGGGGUCAGCCUGGGGGCUGCCUUUCCCCAUCACACCCUGAGGAAGGACUGCAGUCUGUCCAAGUACCAGACGAUUGCAUCAGAGGAGAAGGAGGCUAUGGACAAGAUGAGACAAGAGUUUGGGAAUGACCACAAAUGCAACACCAGGCUCUUCCAUCGGAAAUGGAACGCAGUAAACUUGCCGAUGUCCGACCGAGUGCUGCUGGUGGUGGCCGAGCUGAACCUCACCACGGCCAUGCUGGAGCUCCCCGCUGAUCCCAGCUUUGCCGAGCUGCGCCGGCAGCCCCUGAAGUUCUUCGACCAAGCCCGUGCGGAUGUGCUGGGCUGUGUGGAUCCCGCUCACCAGCCCUCGGGCAGGCUGCGGCACAGGCUCAACAAGCUGCAGGAGGCCAUGCGAACAGAGAGCACGGAGUGCCUGAGAGCCAGCACCAUCGUGAACGUCAUGCACGUGCUGGAGAACCUGCACUGCGCUGCCCUGCGCCACAAGUGCUGA